UGCCUGGUAACUGCUGAUGAUCUGUAGAUUGCUUUUCUUACUGGUGUUUACAGCCAGGAAAUCGGAGAAGUUUCUCAUCGUCCUUUCUACAAGUGACUCACCCUGAACAUCUCAAGCUUCUUGUUUCGUAUUUGUAAGACAUUACUUUCACAUAUGAUGGCGAUGUCUCCUUAUAUCCUGCUUAUCUUGUGUACGUCCUAUACAGUGAAUUCUGACAGUCACUCUCUGCGCUAUUACUACACGGGGGUCUCAGCUCCGGGGUCCGGGCUGCCAGAGUUCUCCAUAGUUGGAUAUGUGGAUGAUCAGCAGAUUGAUUUAUACAAUAGUGAUAUCAAGAAAAAUAUUCCUGUGGCUCCAUGGAUGAAAAAGGAUCCUGAAUACUGGAGGAGAGAGACCGAUAUUGCGAAACAAACCGAGCCUCUUAUCAAACAUGAUGUAAAGACAGCAAUGCGCCGCUUCAACCAAACAGAAGGCUUCCAUUUCUACCAGGUGAUGUACGGCUGUGAGCGGAGAGAUGACGGCAGCAUCACGGGAUACGAGCAGCACGGAUAUGAUGGUAGAGAACUCAUAUUCCUGGACACACAGACGUGGACAUUUAUCCCUACCUUGUCCCAGGCUCAGAUCACCACAGAGAAAAUCAACAGUCCACUUGUACAAGCGGGAAUGAGGAGCAAACAUUAUCUAGAGGAUGAAUGUAUCACAGCUCUGAAGGAAUAUAUUGCGAGUGGAAGAGAAGAUCUAGAGAGGAGAGUUCAGCCGCAGGUGAAGGUCUCCGGUCAGAAGAAAGGUGACACCAUGAUGCUUCACUGCCAUGUGUACGGAUUUCACCCCCGAGCUGUGCACGUGAAGUGGAUGAAGAACGGGGACGACGUUCCCGACUAUGAGACCACACACACCCUCCCCAAUCCUGACGGCACCUAUCAGAUCAGGGUCAGUGCGGAAGUGAUCCCCAAAGAGGGCGAGAGUUACUCCUGUUAUGUGGAUCACAGCAGCCUGGGCGAGCCGCUGAACGUUGUGUGGGAAGCAACACCAGAACCAAGCAAUCCAAAUCAGUGGGUCAUAGCUAUGUUCUUAACUAUGGUCACAGCUGUGGUGGUCUUUCUUCUUGUUUUUGUUGUUGGUAGAUUUGUCCUGCGUAAAAGAAAGAUACCCAACUACAAACCACCAGAAAGUGAGCUGCAGGGAUACAAUUGCCACAUUUUCAGACUGUUUAGUAUCUCAAACGAAUGACGAGGCAGCACUUCCAGCAUAGAGUGAACGGGGGAAUAUAGGUUUGAUCAUUUCGUGAUGCAUCUAAGAAGUCUCAUAAUGACAGAAAUCCAGAAUAUCGUGCAGCCCCCGUUCUGCUCCAGGUCACAAGCUCAAGUUUCAAAAGAUCAUAUUUGCUUUAUGUCAGGUCGUUUAUGCUGUUUUGAAUGCAUCAGAAGAUCACAACAAUGGAGCUCAUGACUUGGGACCACCAAGAAUAUCCAGAGUAAGGCCUCAUGCAUACGGCCGUUGUUUUGGUCCGCAUCCGAGCCGACGUUUUGACGGCUCGGAUGCGGACCCAUUCACUUCAAUGGGGCCGCAAAAGAUGCAUCCGUUGCUCAGUUCCGUGGUCCCGCUAAUAAAAUCUAACAUGUCCUAUUUUUGUCUGCGCUUUGCGGACAAAAAAAGGCAUUUAUAUUAAAGGCUGUCCGUGCCCGCUCCGCAAAUAGCGGAACGCGCACGGACGCCAUCCGUGUUUUGCGGAUACGCGAUUUGCGGAUCGCAAAACACACCACGAUCGUGUGCAUGAGGCCUAGUUAUGAACCAUGAUGAUUUUUCUAAAUUCAGAGUUAUGCCGAUUGAGCAGAUUUCCCUGACACCAACAAUAGACUGGAAAAACAAAAAUGGAACAUAUCAGAUUUUAUACUGAAAUCUCUGGUACCCAUGGGCUUCAAUGAAUCGCUAGAAAAUGUUUGACAUGUCUCCUUAAUAUUUCUCUGCCUAAAUCUGCUACCCAUGCCAUAUAUCUCCCUGCUAGAAGAAGCUAGAUCAAAAUGUCCCUUUAGAUGGGACAAUACAGCAGACAAUUGUUGGGAAUGAAUCGUUCCUUCCCGGCAAUCGUCUGCUCGUCAGUGGAGGAGAGCGCUACAUUUACAUGCUGCACUCUCCUCCACUGUAUGGGGAGGAUCAAUCACUAAUGUCAUCACUCAUUCUCAUACUGACUCGUUGUUUGCCGACAGCAGAGGGUGUUUACACGGCACAAUCUGCUGCCGGCAAACAACGAUUUAUGUGUCCGUACAAAUUAUCUAUUACCCAACGAAUAAGCAUUUCGCUUUAGAUUCUAUGUGGGCAAUUAUGGGCUAUAUAGAUAAAAUGCAAAACAAUAUACAAAAAAAGGACCUUAAAUGAUUGCACAUGGUUUCAGUCACGGCAAUAAAAGCAGCCUCUCCUCACCUCAUUUAGUCUUUUCUCCCAGAAGCUAUACUUUAUUAUGAAUAUGGACUGGAUAGAGGCAGCCCAGCAUAAAGAAUGGAAGAUGGUCUAUCUUUACAGUAUGGGGUAAAUACGUUGCCUGGCUUCCUCCAGAUACUUGCUUUAAACUGCACCCAUGCUUUUCUUUGACAACAUGGUACCAGAAUCGUAUAUAGAAGAACGAUCCUCCAAUUCAUGUCUCUUAACCUCUCACUUGAAAGUCCUGAUGUUUCUGAUGCCUUCUCAUUCAUCCGUCGACCAAAAGCGGGGAUUUGUGCAUAACUCCCUGGACUGCAGAUGGUGGGCAUGCUGAGAUCAGAUUGGGCUGCAGAAUUUUUUGAGCCCUCUAAGAUCAACCUGAUACUGAUUAGAUGGAGGAGAUAGAGCGAGAUGAGCCAUGGUUCAGUUGGCUGGUUUUAUUGGUUAGAACAUUAAUUUUUUAUGCUCAGUUGUCUACCUACAGUAUAUGCUCUCGCUGUCCUGCCCCUCGAGGACUCUAUAUACAUGCAGAGAUGAAUCGACAGCGAGAGGGCUUCUAGCAUGUGCUCAGGAGAAGAUCCUGGAGAGUCACGAUCUAUCUAUCAUCUGCACGUGUUUAGCAGAUCUUCCGGGACUGCAAGGCUCAGUAUUUUUUACUGUAACACUUUGUAUAUUUUAUUAACGCAUUCUGUGGAAGCUGUGAUAUUUUUCUUUUGUGAAUCUUGAAAUACACAUGCAUUGUUCCAACAG